AUGGCAAGUAUGAACGGACAUGCAGGAAUCGUAUAUCGCUCCCUGGACCAACAUCUUUUGCAUUUGCCGCUUCAAGAGGUCGAUGUAAGGGUAUGGAUGGUCGACGAGUCGUUCUUUUCGCAAAUAUUUGAAAAUGUGACAGAGAGUCCUACCAGCCGGGCCAAAUAUGUAUUCCCUCUUCCAGAGAGCGCUGCCGCUUGUGCGUUUGAGCUCGAGCAUGCCGAUGGUCGUGUUAUCGUCGGUGUCGCGAAGGAAAAGUCAGAAGCCACACAAGCUUUCCAGAGUGCGGUGGAUGCCGGAAAGACUGCAGGACUUAUGGAAUGGGUGACGGACGACACGCUCACUUUGACCUUCAUCCCAUCCAGUAUUCACGAUUUCAAUUGGCUCGAUUCCCGCUCGAAAGAAGGUCACAGCAAGAUUGACAAUCUUUUGGAUAAUGGAAGACGGGACCAAGUCCGUCUACAGCUUCCGAUGGCUAUCGCCAAACGAUACGGCGAGACUCCAGCAGCCAUGCUCGAUGCAUCUACAACUCAUGAGAAGACGAUUGUCAAAAUCGCUGUGGACGUUCAAUCCAGUGCCAAGAUCCAGGAGAUACGCAGCCCUAGUCAUCCGACGAUUGCUUACAGACGCUAUAAGUUACGCACCGGGAGAAAGUCUGAACGACGGAUGUGCGUAACUUGGUCGUCUACGACGUUCCUCGACGAAGACUUCGUAUUGACAGUCCAUGCUCUUGGACUCGACAAGCCUCGGUGUUUCGCAGAAGUUGAUCCCCAGGGUCGUAAUACCAUUGCUAUGCAGCUCUCCCUUGUACCGAACUUCAAAAUUCCUCCCCUGGAUUCGCAGGAGUACAUUUUCGUCAUUGAUCGCAGCGGAAGCAUGCAGGGAGCCCCAAUAGAGACAGCUAAGCGCACGUUGGAAAUGCUCCUUCACCUAUUGCCGGAUUCACGAACGACUUUCAAUAUUUUCAGUUUUGGCAGCAAGGUUGACGGUCUGUGGGGGAAAAGUAUGCUGUUUGAUCAGUCGGGAAUGCGUAGUGCAAUUUCGAGUGUACGAGGCAUGGAAGCAAAUUACGGAGGGACAGAGAUUGCCAAGGCCCUUGAGUUCGCUAUCGCGUCACGUAACUCCGGCCGCCCGACUGCUAUGUUCGUCCUCACUGACGGCAAUAUCCAUCCUUCCGCAAAGUUUGACCCAUUCACGGUUGUCUCCAGAGCUGUGAAAGGCUGCAAGGCCAAUGCACAAUUGAGAGUAUUUACUCUCGGGAUCGGUGAACAUGUCUCAUCCGCCAUGUGCGAGCGCCUUGCUCGCGAGGGCGGUGGUAGAUGUCUGUUCGCUGUCCAGGCUGGGGACAUUACAGGGAAGUGCGCGAUGCUUCUGAACGCUGGUCGGACACGUGAGAUCGAGAGUAUCACAAUUGAUUGGCAUGGUUUGGGGAGCCCUCCAACUGUCAAUUUUUCACCCUUGAAUCGCCAUCACCCGCUUCCGCUCAGCGUCGUACAACUAGAGCCACCUCCUUCGAUGCAGCAAGGGCCGCCUAUAAUCACAAGCAUAUUCCCUGGAAUGCGCCUCAGUGUCUUCGCAAUCACUACUUUUAGUUCGAUUCCUCACGAGGUCAGGUUGCAUGCCAAGAUUAAAGACUCGGAAGAGGUUAUCGACGAUACCGUGCUUGUCACGGAAGUGAAACCAUUCAGGGACGAGUGGUCAUCCAUUCCACUCCUGCAUACUUUAGCUGCACGACAACUCGUGAAGGACUUGGUAGAGGAUAGAGCGCCCCUUCCCAAACCCAUCACACCUGCUUCGGAUGAGGACAUUAAAAAAGCGGCAAUCGUUCGCUUAGGACUUAAUUACCAGUUUGUGAGCAAGUACACGUCCUUUUUUGCUGAAGAGUCCGGACAUGAGACAGCAAGGAAGCUGCGCCGGUCAACGUCAUGGCAAAGGUCUCGGCGGCAGCAUGGCCGCGCCAGUGCCACUGGUGAUCCUGCUGAUGAUGAUGCUCCAGGAACAGAUGUGUCCACCGCGCAGACCAUUUUGGACAGCUUGUCUCAGGCGGUUUAUGCGAUGUUCAACUUCCUCUUCUCUGAUCCUCCCCCCACUACUCGAAGACGCCAGAAGCCGCUUCCCGGUACGUAUUAUUCUGCUGCACAGUCCCGCUCGGACUCGCCAUCCGUUCAAAGUGAAUAUUCAUAUCGACACGACAACUCGAGCACCGACACUUUCUCUACAUUGAGCUCAUUGGAAGGCUCUUCCACGAGUUCUCGAUGGUCUUACUCUCGGCCGCCCAGCCCUGUACCUCCGCCAGAAGAUCCAAUCCAACGUGUGGAAUCGCCUGUCUUCGAUGCCGCGCCACCGGGGGCACUACUUCCACCACCUCCGUGCAUUGCACCACCUGUGCCCAAGGAAGCGUACGCUAUCAUCUCACUGCAGAACUUCGACGGCUCUUUCACGCCGUCGCCCGAAUUGGGUGCGCUUGUGGGCAUUGAUACAUUGGCCAAAGCCGUAGAACUGCAGGUCGAUGGGAACAUAUGGGCUACUGCAGUUGUUGUUGCGUACCUGAAGCAUCAUCUGGGUUCGCAACAGGAUUUGUUGGAUGCAUUGCAGAACAAGGCUCUGGAGUAUGUUGCUGGAAGUGGUGCGAGACUGCUCGUUGGACGUGAUUUUUGGGACUUGGUGAAUAUUGCGGGGCAGUCAGUGGGUUCGUGA